AUGACUUUGAAGAGUAGAAAUAGGUUGCACUUCACUCUCCUUAACCACAGAGGCUCUAAUUUCAGACGUACACACCUGUCAACAUAUUCCACUUGUUGGUCGAACCCUAUUAUGCGUUUCGUGAGGAAUCUCUGGACACUUUCGAUUUGUUUUCUGUCUACAGUCCUGAGGUUACUAAAUAGGAGAGCACAAUAUUCAAGUUCAGGACGGAUACAUGUCCUAUAUAUAGCUAAUCUUGCUUCUUGG